AUGCCAGUUGUGGCUAAAAAGCAGACCCCUAAAAAGACAGUUAGAAAGCGAGUUCAGAGAAAAAAGUCGCUUAAGGAAAAGGCCCCGGAUGGCGAUAUUCUUCCUAGAGUGAAGGUUGGAGGCAAACUCCCCCCACGCCUCAAGCACCCUGUGAUGGUCGACUCUCCAGUCAAAGCAAGAAAUAAUAUCAAGCCAGAGGAGAUGUGGCCGGAGAGGCGCUGCCAGAGCCCAGUUCAACUUCUCCCGAUGGAGGCACCAGUUUUUGUCAAAGGCACAGAGCUAGGGUUGCCAGAACUGAGCAAGGAAACCAAACCCGAACUAUCGCCUCGAGUUGGGGAUCUGUCAUCCCACCGUCUUCCUAAGAUAUACCUCGGUGAUUCCUCGCCUACACCGCGCUGGCUGAUUCGACGGGCUAAUCCAGAGGCUGAGCAACAUGCAUCGCCCAGGUCUUCUGUAUCAAGCUCCUCCCGGCAUUCACAAUUAGGGCAACUGCGCUGGGAAUUUGACCCCGGACUACCCGCUACGCAUGGGCAGGAUGAGAGCCGGCUACGCGAUUAUGCAUACCAGUAUCUUCUGAAUUCGCUUUGUGAUCCCAUCGUUCGGGACGAGAUGAGGGAAAUGAUUUGGAAUAGCUUUUAUGCGCCAACAGUUGCCCAUGUUGAAGAUCCGUUACCAAUCCCUCCACCUCCGCCACAUUUCAAAGAUCAGAGAUCCUUAGAUUAUGUGACUCUUCGGCCACCAAUAUCAGCUUCCAACCCCGACGAUUACCAUUUCAUGUAUCCCAGUUAUGAGCGCCCAUACCUUGCCGCCAGGGCCUAUCAAAGCAAUUACACACCCGGCAUAAGCCACAGUUCGCGUGGUUCCAGUGGCAGCUAUAUCAGUACUAGAUCGAGUAUCGGCGAGAGCACUCGCACCAGCUCAAGCGUCAGUACCAACCCCAAAGACUACAUCCCAGAAUACCACGACGUGCUUAACGACGACAAUACCCACCAUUUCGGACCAAGUGAGUAUAAGUGGAUUUGGAUUGUCCUCACAGUUCUCAUUCUAGCCAUGUUCCUAUGUCUCUUUCUCUAUGCAUUUGGGAUCCUGCAAUGA